AUGUUUUCUUCUAAUAAAAUAAUUUCUGAAUUCGAUUUCUUUGAUACCAAAAAAAUCUAAUUCAUAAAUGAGAGUGAGUCCUAGAUAAUCGAUAACAUCUAGUUAUUGAGAAUAAAAAAACAAAACUAUUUAAUUAUAUGA